AUGAACUAUUCUGAGGUUAUCGAUAUUUUCACAUUUUCGUCGCCAACAAACGGAAUGGUGCACUACACGUUGGCUGGGCGAGUCAACAGCGAAGAAUAUGCUAUCUGCGAUCGUUUGCUCGACAUUCUGGCGACUACCUUGCCCGACUGCCAAGUAACCAAGGUACCAUCGAAAGCCGACCGCUGGCCCAACGAUGCGGCCGAGUUGAUGCGUCGUUAUGGCUUCAACUUGCUCACCUCUUCGAAGCUGGUGAUCAGUGACGUGGUCAUCUGGACCGACACAGCACGCCUUCUGUGUUCGGACGUUGAUGCUUUCAGCACGUUCGUGGGACACAACUACGGCAUUCAAUUGGAUCUGACCGAAGCAGAAGUACUCCUGUAUAUUAAGGCCAAUGUGGAGGAACUACGCCACCAGGAGCAAAAAGCUUGAAAGAAAAUGGGUACAUAUUUGCGGUUGUUCGAUAAAUACACGCUAAGAAUGAGAA